AUGUCCGAUCAUAUCACACCACAGUUGAGGGAUGAUGUUCUUGAAAGGCUACGCGCGGUGACUUUGACACGCAACUUUAAAAAAACGCCGGAAGAAAUCGAGCGGUUGAUUUUGGAAAAGGCCCGCGGGGUGAAGAAAACCUAUUUGGACUUGUUGUCCAGGGUUCUGAAUCCGACUGUAGUCGGUGCGGCUGCUGCAGGUUCGCAUAAUGCGUCUCCUUCGCCAGUAACACAGUCCAUCCCCGUAGGGGCUGUGGGUCCUCAUGCGCAGGUGACCGGAGUUCAGAUGCAACGUUCAGGUGCCGCAACCACCCAGCCCCAACAACCGCGUAUCCAACACCCUAUACCCGGCGGUAUCUCCAUCGCUGGUCCAGGUAUUAUGCAGCAAAGUCCUGCCACAAUCCCGCGUCCUCGAAUGCACUCAAUGGUUGGCCAGCCGAAUCAGUCACAACCAACGCAGCAACAUCAACAGCAGGCAUACCACCCACCUGGGGUUCAGCCCAUGCAGCCUACCCAAACACUUUCGGUUGUUGCUCCUGCUAGCCGUGCUGUUUCCUCGGCCCCAAACCUCGGCGCACAGGGUAUGUCUAUCUCUUCACAAGGGCAGCAGCCACUUGUUGUUUAUCAGCAAGCGAAUGCAUCUGGUGGAGUGAUCGGAGACAAAUCGGUGCUCAUACGACCAAUAUCUAGUCAGACAUGUUUCCUAAUCCUCCCUGUGGUUGUAGCUGCCGCAGUUUCGUUCACGGAUGAUUUGGCGGGAGGGGGCGGUACUGGCACACCUGGCCCGGUCUUGAUUAGAACCACGAGCAACAAUUCGCUUCCAACCAUCGUACAAUCAGAUGAAUCAGCAGUUCCUUCGGUUUCUGUGGCCAAUGUACCAAUUGCUGGAAAGUCGGUCAUUACGGUUUUACCUACGGGACAAGCAAAAGUGGUACGCCCAAACCUUCAGCCAACUCCACAGAAAUCUGCUUCAACUCAACAGUCGAAGUCUUUAUUGCCAUCCACAGUGGCCUCUCAGUCCGCUCCGAAUGUCGCAGCCCUGGCGUCUAGGAGCCAUUCCUCCGACCGGUCGAAUGGUCAGCGUAUCGAUGGAAGCAGUGGUCGAGGUGGUUCGGCGACAUCGAAACCAGCACAGGAGGUACAUUCACCUGAAGUCCAAGCUCAAAUUAUCAAUCGCCUAACGGCCAUGGCAGCUAGGUACCUGCCAGCUGUACGUCAGGGGAUUCAGAUGGCUUCCGCUCAACCUGAAACGCAACCGUACGUACGCAAAUACAUCAAACUGCGUGAUAUACUGGAAAAUCCCGAGGCAAACCUAAAUGUAAUACGGCUGGCGCAAGUGCAACCGAUCGAACGGUUGUUGGACGAGAUCGAACGGAAUCCAAUGCACCUGGCACAACAACAACAACAACAUCCAUCACAGCAGCAGCAACAACAACAGCCGAAACACGCUGCUGCCGUGGCCGCCGCGGCCUCUGUAGCUGCUGCAGCCGCAGCUAGCACUUCCAACUUGCAACAUAAAGCUGCGGUAUCCGAUAGCGUUAGGAAAUCUGUUCCGAUGCAACUGCUUUCACGUCAAGGAACCUUGACGGCAGAUCAGGGACGGCAACAACAACAGCAGCAACAGAGAGCCGCGCCUGGUGUGCAGCCCCAACAAGGUUCGACUGAACAACCACAGAAUCGUUUCAGAGGCAGCCCAACUAGCAUGUCUGACGCACAUCUCGCCCGAAAUCCCAGCCAAGCUUCCCCAAACAGCCGUGCGUUGUUUGUCUCCACAAGUCCGGAUGUCGGUGCACCAUCUACCCAAAAUGCGUCCAGUUUGCAGACGGCCUCUCAACUCGGUACAUUUCCAGCAGAACCUAGUGGGACGCGACCAGCACCUGCCGCCGUUAUCCCGGACGGACAGAUUGCACGAACUGGUCAUGGUGUUGGGCCGUUUAGUUCCCAGCCUCGGACGUCGGGAAUGGGACUGGGUGGUUUUCAGACUAGUCUGCAAAUGUUAGCCACAGAAUUGCAAAAGAUCGCCGAGCGAGCCACACAAGACUCCAGUUACGGUCGCCGCGUUUGUCGUGCAAUAAAUGAGAUUUCUCAAGAAACCAAACAGUUUCGCGAGACUUUUGGCCUGCUGCUACCACAAGAUAUCUGUCCACAAGACAUAUCCAAGUCAUCGAAAGAUGAGCCGUCUGAUAAGCCGAGUGAUACUGAACUUCUGCCUGUUAGGCCAUGUAGUCGAAAGCGCGAAAGGGCGCUUUCAGAAGUGGAAAAUGACAAAAAAGAAGAGGAAUCAGAUAACUGGCAGUGUCCUGAAGGAUCCGGUAAAGUAACCGACAAAACUAACGAGCCGCAGGGUAAAAAGAUAUGUCUUGGUACACAAGCAUCCAGUGGCCAGUGCGAGCCACCCGCUCCGGGCCAGCUUUUGGAGCACCAAAAACUACAAACACUUCCGCUUUGGUCACGACAUUUUUCCAUAUGUGAAGAGUUCCUCGAAACUAGGACGAUUCUCUUUAUGUUGGUCGACAUUCCAAGGACGUUUUAUACCCCAGCACACUUUGUGUCAACUCUGUGCUUCUACCGUUUUUUCAUUAUUCCAGCAUUCCUCUUCACUCGGUCCAUAAUCCCUUACGAUCCGGAAUCCGACCCAUUGGAUAAAUUUAGUACAGAUCAAAUUGAACGCCUUAAUCCGCGGAUUCUUUGCGAGAUUCAACGCAUUCGUGAAUUUCACAUUCGGGUCGAGGCAAAUCCCGACCCACCCGCUAUUGAUGACAUGGAGACUUAUGCUACUUGUAUGGAUGCUGGCGAAUGGAAUACGAGUUGCCACCUGAAGCUUACUCAGGAUGAUGAAAAUCUAGCUUACUUGCCGUGUGCUCCACCGGCCCUUAUGGUUCGGUUAGCCCCGGACUACCUGAAAGCUGGUCAUUUGAACUGGUUCUACCAACGCCGAUCCCAACUGUCUACGAGCAACAGUUGUUCCUCCUCCCCCCAAUACUCGCCAAAAGAACGCGAGCACUUUCUGGAUUUGUGCUACGCAGAACUUGACCGAACCGUUGAACAACAGUUGCGCCGGGUUACGCACUAUCGUCUCAGUUUAUAUUUGGUUGCUAAGUCCUGGAUGGACUGUAUCUGCGCUGCGAUGGCGCGUUUUGUCAAGUUGGAUCAGAACGUUUUCCUGGCAGCUUAGGCUUGUGUGAAUAGGAUCUUCUUCAAACUUCCCUUUGUUCAUUUCUUU